CCGGUCCUUAUGCUACCGGAAACGCCACCAUCCCACAUUGCAUUGCGAAUGUGUUUGCUAUUAGCAUUAGCAUUUACCAUACUGUGGCGUUAGUGUUUUUGUAGGCAGGACGUGUUGGUUUAGUGAAUAAUAACCUACUUUUUAAAUUAAUAACGACUCUUAUUGUAUUAGGUACAGCACACGCAAACAUGGAGAUCGGUACAGAGAUAAGCAAGAAAAUACGGGCUGCUAUCAAGGGGAAGCUUCAAGAACUCGGUGCCUAUGUUGAUGAAGAGUUACCAGACUAUAUCAUGGUGAUGGUGGCCAACAAGAAGACUUCCCAGCAGAUGUCUGAUGACCUGUCCCUCUUCCUCGGCAACAAUACCAUCAAGUUUACUGUCUGGUUACAUGGAGUCCUGGAGAAGCUGAGGUCUGUGGCAGUAGAACCCGCGUCCCUGAGGCCUCAGCUGUACUCUGACACUGGCACCUCGUCAGGGAAGAGUGAGUGGAAGGGGGAGGAGUCAAAGGGCCUUGCGGUGUCCAGCUCGCGCUCUGAUAGGACAGAGGCCCGUGUGUCAAGCUCCGCCCAUGAGCACAGAAGGGUCUCCUCAGACAAAACCUUGUCCCGCCUCACCUCCACGGUCAAGCCCCUGAUGGACCCUCCCUCCUCCGAGGCCGUCAUCGACAUCAAGCCCGAGCUAGACGAUGACCUCAUCGGCGAGGACCCCGUGGACAUGGGCGUCCUCCCAGGUCGCCUGCGCGGAUCCACCUCCGGAGGAGGGCGGGCAUCAGCUCAGAUCUACAGGCCGCCCCAGGGCAGGUCCUCCUCGGGGACAGGCAGGUCGGCGGACGCCUAUAGGUCCUCAGAGGGGUCCUCGGGGUCACACAGCAGGCAGCAGCACAGCAGCUAUCACCUGGACAGUAGGAGCAGCAGAGACAGCAGGACAUAUAGAGAAGGAGGCAGCAGCAGGCAGCAGCAGCAGGAGGAGGCUUCGAGGAAGCGCAAAGCCCCGGUGGUGAGCUCCGUGGUGCGGGUGAACCAGGCAGCAGACGGGGGUCGAGACAGUGAUGAUGAGGAGGAGGAUGAUGAUGAGGAAGAUGAAGGAUACGGGGUCAAGAACUUGUCCAGCAGAGUGUCCCUGCCUUCCAAACCAGAACGCAAACCCUCCCUGCCCCCGGCCAAACAAGCCAACAAGAACCUGCUACUGAGGGCUAUGUCUGAGGCCCAGAUCUCUAUCAACAAGACUGCAGCCUACCUACCUAUACCACAGAGACAGACGGUUCCGGUGGCACCCAGGACGCGUUCAACCACUGACGAGAUGAACGCAGCCAUCCAGCUGGUUCAGGAGCACCUCCACGGCCUGGUCCCCAGGGGGCAGUCUUACACCCCCUCAGAGCCUCAGCCCCCCAGGCAGCUAGUAGUUCAGUCUCGGUCCCUGGCCUCUCGGCUGCAGUUAGACGUGCCAGAAGACAACAUGAGAGCGCAGCACAGUGACUAUUUAGCUCUGGAAGUGGCCGAGGGGAGUGUCCUGAAGCCGUUUGACACACGCUCCUUCAUCGUGAGGAGGCCUGAACUGGAGGAGGAGCUGGUUCCUGUCCGGAACAGACUGGGACAACUGGACAGGGUGCCUAUGACGAGUAGGCUGGGGUUAGAGGAGAUGCCACCACCUAUGAGGAGUGGACUGGAGGAAGUGGUACCUCCUAUGAGGAGUAGACUGGGACUGGAGGAAGUCGCACCUCCUAUGAGGAGCAGACGGGAGGAGACCACCGUGCCUAUGAGGAGCAGGCUGGGAGCCAUGGUCAAGGAGGAGAUCCAGCCAGCUACUCCACGCAUGGUGCAGCCAGCCAGCAGUGAGAAGGCUGAAGCUGCGGGGUCAGCCAGUCCUAAGUUCAUUGUGACCCUGGAUGGGGUUCCUAGCCCCCUGGGUAACCUAGGAGACUGUGACAUGGAAGCGGAUGACAGUUAUCCUAAACCAGCCAAGACCACCAUGCCUGACCCCUCCAUCCACCUCGGAACAAAACCCAAACUCAGCAUCCACCACAGACUGCAGGGAGAACCACAAUACCCUGAUGAGUUAGGGAUGGAGACUGAGGAGGAGGAGGAGGAGGCGGGUCCUGUGAAGAGACAGAAGGUUCUGGAGAGGUGUAAGUUCUGGCCCGUCUGUAAGAGUGGAGAUGAGUGCGUUUACCACCACCCUACCACUCAGUGCAAAACUUUCCCCAGCUGUAAGUUUGGGGACAAAUGCCUGUUCGUCCAUCCUAACUGUAAGUUUGACGGCAAGUGUUCCAAACCAGAUUGUCCCUUCACUCACGUCAGCCGCAGAGGACCUGCCCCCUACACCCCUCCAGUCAGACCAGUGCCUCCAGUCCAGACCAGCAGCGUUUGCCGUUUCUUCCCAGAGUGUAAGAAGAUGGACUGUCUCUUCUACCACCCCAAGCCUUGUCGGUUUGGAGCCCAGUGUAAACGCACUGGCUGCACCUUCUACCACCCCACUGCCUCGGUCCCUCCCAGACACGCCCUCAAGUGGACCAAGGCCCAGAGCAGCUAGACGACAAGAGUACCUGAGACUGACCGAGAUGAUGUGACGCUAUAGAACAGGGUUCUCCAACUGGUGGCCCACGGGCUGAAUUUGGCCCGCAGGUGAUUUUAUUUGCCCCCCCCCCCCACACGUUUUCUGAGCAAAAUAAAGUGUUUGUUAUUGGACAUUAGACUGUAAAAACACCAGCAUUUCAGCUUCAAGCAAUUUCUUUUUUUUAAACUUUGGGAGUGUGUUCCAAACUAUUCCCAUGCAUAAUGGAGAGAUCGGUUUGUAUACAAAAUGUAAGCAAAGUUAUGAAGUCAUUGUUUUAAGUCAAAUAUAUCUGUUUGGGCUUCUUUGCUGUCAAUUUUGCAGAGUCUACAAUUGUUUUCUGUUCCGACCCCCUGAACAUCCUUUUAGGAAAAUAAAUUUGCCCCGUGGCUGAAUCUUGUUGAUCCCUCUGUUG